AUGGCCGCCGUCAAGCUUACCACACGCCGCCGUCAAGCUUACCACACGCCGCCGUCAAGCCUACCACACGCCGCCGUCAAGCCUACCACACGCCGCCGUCAAGCCUACCACACGCCGCCGUCAAGCCUACCACACGCCGCCGUCAAGCCUACCACACGCCGCCGUCAAGCCUACCACACGCCGCCGUCAAGCCUACCACACGCCGCCGUCAAGCCUACCACACGCCGCCGUCAAGCCUACCACACGCCGCCGUCAAGCCUACCACACGCCGCCUUCAAGCCUACCACACGCCGCCGUCAAGACUACCACACACCGCCGUCAAGCCUACAACACGCCGUCGUCAAAACUACCACACGCCGCCGUCAAGACUACCACACACCGCCGUCAAGCCUACCACACGCCGCCGUCAAGACUACCACACGCCGCCGUCAAGACUACCACACGCCGCCGUCAAGCCUACCACACACCGCCGUCAAGCCUACCACACGCCGCCGUCAAGACUACCACAUGCCGCCGUCAAGCCUACCACACGCCGCCGUCAAGACUACCACACGCCGCCGUCAAGCCUACCACACGCCGCCGUCAAGCCUACCACACGCCGCCGUCAAGCCUACCACACGCCGCCGUCAAGCCUACCACACGCCGCCGUCAAGCCUACCACACGCCGCCGUCAAGCCUACCACACGCCGCCGUCAAGCCUACCACACGCCGCCGUCAAGCCUACCACACGCCGCCGUCAAGCCUACCACACGCCGCCGUCAAGCCUACCACACGCCGCCGUCAAGCCUACCACACGCCGCCGUCAAGACUACCACACGCCGCCGUCAAGCCUACCACACGCCGCCGUCAAGCCUACCACACGCCGCCGUCAAGCCUACCACACGCCGCCGUCAAGACUACCACACGCCGCCGUCAAGACUACCACACGCCGCCGUCAAGACUACCACACGCCGCCGUCAAGACUACCACACGCCGCCGUCAAGACUACCACACGCCGCCGUCAAGACUACCACACGCCGCCGUCAACACUACCACACGCCGCCGUCAAGACUACCACACGCCGCCGUCAAGACUACCACACGCCGCCGUCAAGACUACCACACGCCGCCGUCAAGACUAUCACACGCCGCCGUCAAGACUACCACACGCCGCCGUCAAGCCUACCACACGCCGCCGUCAAGCCUACCACACGCCGCCGUCAAGCCUACCACACGCCGCCGUCAAGCCUACCACACGCCGCCGUCAAGCCUACCACACACCGCCGUCAAGCCUACCACACGCCGCCGUCAAGCCUACCACACGCCGCCGUCAAGCCUACCACACGCCGCCGUCAAGCCUACCACACGCCGCCGUCAAGCCUACCACACGCCGCCGUCAAGACUACCACACGCCGCCGUCAAGACUACCACACGCCGCCGUCAAGACUACCACACGCCGCCGUCAAGCCUACCACACGCCGCCGUCAAGCCUACCACACGCCGCCGUCAAGCCUACCACACGCCGCCCACACUUGACAGACUCUCUCAGCCCCAAGACUUCCCAGCACUUCUUCUUGACCUGAGACCUUCCUCAGGCGGGCCACACCUGACCCCAGGAGACAACCCCCACCCUGACCCCAGGAGACAAACCCCCACCCUGACCCCAGGAGACAAACCCCCACCCUGA